AUGGCUCCUCCGGUCGCCAUCGACUCAUUUCCAUCGUCGUGCCUCCCCGGCCGAGACAUACCGGCUCCUUUGCCGCAAAGAACUUCACCUGUCACUUUUGAUCCAAAGAAACAUCUCAAAUAUGUUCCACCCACCAAAAAUCUACAAAUGAGCGAUAUUGGGCUCGAACCCAGCUCCAUCUCUAGUUUUGCAGCAAGUGAACCUUUCCCUUUAUUGUCCCGAGAUGCGAUUCUCGAGAUGCGCCGCGAGAUUUUUUCAAAGCCGGUUCUGGACAAUUGUCUGCAUCACACACGACCCGGUAGUGUGCAGCUUCGUGGUAUGGCACCACGUUAUGCUCCUUUCAUUCAUUCCUUUUGGCAUUCCCCAGAAGUUCUUCGCAUCGUGUCAGAGAAUGCUGGAGUAGAACUUAUUCCGGCAAUGGACUAUGAAAUCUGUCACGUCAAUGUUCAGCUGGGUCCGGGCGGCGUGGAAGCAGCCAAAAACACACCCAUUGAGCCGCCUGUAGCCACAGAGGAGGCAAUUACCGAAUUUGAAGCUGCAAAGGCCCUAAAACAGCAAGUCACUGACCAAGCAAAGCCUAUUAUUGAGUGGCACAAGGAUUCACACCCCUUCGUGUGUGUGGUCAUGCUGUCUGAUGCACAGCAUAUGGUUGGGGGCGAGACCGAAGUGAUGGGGUUCACCAAUACGACUCUUAAGGUCAAGGCACCUCAAAUGGGCUGUGCCGCAAUCCUGCAAGGGCGCUACAUCACCCAUACAGCUGCGCCGGCGGCCAAUAUGCCAGAGCGUAUCACAAUUGUCACCAGUUUCAGACCCAAGGAUCCGACACUUUUGGACGAGACGACAAAUGCCAACGUGAGGAACAAAUCUGUCUUGACCGAGUUGUAUUAUCAGUGGACAACAUACCGCUUGGACGUUCUUGCACAGAGGGCAUUGAUUGCUAAGAAGGAGCUCGAAGACAGAUAUAAGAAGAAUGUUGAGAUGAGUGAUCCCGACGGUAAACCAGGUAUGUGCCGAAAGGAGACUGUCAAUGUCGAAGAGGUGCAGAAAUGGGGAAUGGAGCAGAUUGAGUAUAUUCGCCAGACUUUGCACGAGAUGAGACCGCUGGAGGAGAAGAACGGUCGCACUUGGUAG